GACUUGUAAACAAACAAUUUUGCACAUUGAGAACAUCAGUCGAAUGUUGAUUUCUGAAACCUUUUCUUAUACCAUAUAUAUCUAUUUUUGUAGUGUUAUGCCGCGCGAUGCAUUUUAAAAUCCCACGGUAAUAAAGAUUUGUCGCCAUCGUCGGUGUCCUAAAAAGAGGUUUUUCUUUCAAUAAAUACAUAAAUAUUUGUUUCAAAAAACAUCAAACAGAAAAAAAGUGCUGUGAAAACUAGGGAGUGCACGACUGUGUAUUUGGACUGUGCCGGUCCAAUCUGCAUGAUUUUGACAGAAAUGUGUCGGCGAAAAAAUCUCCAACAUGCCAGAGCAUGGUAGAGUUUUGAAGUAAACACAAACAAAUAAUCGUCAAAUUAUUAUAACAACCCCUUCUUUACGUGUCAAUGUUUCCUACAGAUGUUUGCUGUGUAAACAAACACCGUUCUCCAUCGCGUGAGAAAAGUUACAUUUUUUAACAUACACAACGUAGAAAUUGACUGCGACGGAGUGCGAAAUUUAAUCAUGCUAGAAAUAUGCUUGUGACAACUGCUUUCAUCUCAAGCUUAGACAAGUCCGUGUGUGGUGUGCGCGCCAUAACAACUUGUGUAAUCUCAGUCAUGAAUUAAUGAAUUACACACAGUGAGUUUUUAUUGAUACGUUGUAAAGUUAAAAUGGUGGAACAUGAUGUUAUAUACGAAGAAAUAGCUUCACAACAACGAAAACACCAACAAGAACAAGGAUCAAUUCACGAGAGAAGUCGUUCACUCCCAAUUACGUACGGAAGAAUUGAAACGGCACCGUCUUCUGUGUACAUAGAUGGUGGGUCAUCAGAUUAUGUAAAAAUGAACUCUGUAAUUAAUGUUCACGAUAAUCGAUCAGAUGUGUAUACGGCUAUGAUGCCGCACCCUGGAUCUACUUGUAGUAGCUCGUCGAGUAGCUUUGAAUGCUAUCAACCCAUGACUACUCGCUCUGCGGAGGAGAUUGGCCACCCGAGACGUGUUAAUUGCGAUGAAGAUGAUGAAGAGGAAAGUGUAUACGCAGAAAUUGUUACAAGUAACCUAAACGUGGAAAUAACAACAGCUCGAAUCACCCGAGAAUCCAAUAACCCGAUUUUAAGGCAGGAAUUAUCCAGUACUAACACAAAUGUAAAACGUGCAUGUUCUUUAAAUAACUUAAGCGAACAUUUGCGGAGCGGAAACUGUAUGUAUGGCGUCAUUGACCAUCGACCGCAUAGAAAAUGUCACAGACAAUCCUCUGAACGCAAAAAGCGUCCUCAGAGUAUGUAUAUGACAAGGAAACACAACCAGCGAGCUGCAUCGCCAUUAUUCACAUCACAAAAUUCGAUCCUUGAACUGUAUGAAAAUGCCGUGUCUCGGUCUUUACCGGAGAAUGAAUCUGUUCAAGAAUGGGAAAUGAACGAGACUAAUGACGUAAUGAAUGAAAAUAACCGAAGGCGCAACUCGACCGUGUUUUACGAGAAUAUAGAUGGUACUACGGAGAAAUAUUAUGAAAAUGUAAGUGAUACCGAGUCAGACAUCAUACAAGAACGAAGGCACAGCAGACCUAUUGAUAUUAUUCAAAGUGUUUCACCAAAUCGUUCUCAUGACGAAGUGCUGUAUAGUGACAUUGACUUCAGUCGAAAAUCAAAUCCGCCUUUCUCUUACUCUUCAUCAUCUGUUACAAGCAGUCCGCGAGGGAGUGUGUGCAGCAGUAUGUCGAGCGAACACUCUAUCUUCGCAUCAAAUUCAACGAGUCCUCCACCGUUACCAAAUAUGAGGAAAAGGAUGGAACGUUAUGCAAGCUGGGGUAAUGUAAAUGCAUUUACAGGCCUGCAUUAUUACCCUGCACAUUACUUAGGUAAACAUCAGUCCACGAAAAUUACAAGUGAUUCUAUCGAACAAGCCGUUUGCCAUGUGGCUCAAAAUACGAAUGUUUUAGAAAUGAAGCCAGUCCUAGCCGAAAUAAGUCACGAAUAUGUUCGCUUCGGCAGUAACUCGUCGCCUUGGGAGCUACUUGUGUCGUUUCAGAUUGAAGAAGUAAUAGUUUUUGAAGUGGUUUUAAAGAAUGCUUAUUUUUUGGGUAUAAUCGCUGGAAAACCGGGUGAAGAUGCGUUCUGUUAUGUAUUACAGUCAGACAAAUCUACCGAAAUUGGAGAUGCUAUUUCUAGUAUUUUUCAAACGACAAACAAGAUUCCGCGAUCACAGAGUUCAUAUGAAUGGCAACCGACAAUUGAACCGGAAUUUCUUCGCUUUCACCUGCUUGUUGAGGUUGGAUGUAUCAAAGUGAAAAAAUCCUAUCACAACGUGAAUGAUUACAUAAAAUUAAUCCUCGAGAAAGUUAAUCCCCGUGACUUUCGAAGUGUUAGUUUAGAACUGCUUGGACAAAAUAUUAUAGUAAGUGAAACCACGACCGAAGAAGAGAAAUCUCACUCCACACCAUCCAUUUUAACUCUAGGCGUGUACCAACGUGACAAAAGAUAUUUUGGAUAUAUUAUUUCAGAGAUGUCAGCAUCGAGUAAAACCAAGGUCCAGUGUUAUGUUUAUCGUGCUGCUAGGAAUGAAACCGCCGCUAAAAUCAUUGAAGCGAUUAAUCAUUCCUGCCAAAACUCGUACGCGCCGCGCAUGACGUCAAAUAACGGCAUGAACCCAAUUUACUCAACCUACAAGGUUAACUCUCCCAGGGUGUCUACAUCGUCAUCAAGUUCAAUCGUCACAACACCUCGUGCCUCCUCUCCUACUUCACUGAAUUCAAGUCCAUCCUCUGUUAUAAAACGACAAAUGUCUGAAAAUGAAGAAACUGUAAACAUUCACGGUUCGACGGAAACAUUGUUGACUAUUACACCAAGUCCUUCCUGUGAUAAGCUGCCUAGGAGCAGUGCUGUAAGAAGUGAAGUGAGGAGAGUGAGCUAUGAGAUGGAGAGAUGUACAUCUAUAGAAGAAAAUCCAAUAUAUGAGAAGAAUAAUACUCUGCAUGGUCACACUGAUGCUGCUACUAAGGAACUUGGCCGUGGUCACACCGACAUUGCUACUGAGCAACAUAAGCCGACGAAGCAUACAGAAGUUCCUAAAAAACAGAAGCACAGAAGAAUCUUAGGAAAAUUGAGACAUACAAUCAAGCAUAAGACAUCACACGAUGCUCAUCCCACAACACCUGUGCCUAACAUAAACGAAUUACAACCAGAAGAAUUUCAUUUCAAAGUCUCUUACGUGUGUUCGACCAUGGUUAACCCUCCCCUAAAGCAGAAACACGUAAGGGAGUGUUACAAACAGUACUGUAAGGAAAUGAACAGAGUAGGGAAACUCAAUGGUAACAACACUAAGGUUAAUGGUAAUUUGGUCAAUCUGCAAAUCGUCACCGAUUUUGGUGUUUCCAUGUUAGAUCCUCACCAACCUGACGUUGUAGUGCGACAUUUCCCUAUUCAAGAUUUUGGCUUUUAUGCACAAAAUUCAGAAGACAUUUCUUGUUUUGCAUUCUCAACAUCGUUGCUAGGCAAUAGCAAGCAUAGAUGCCAUUUAUUUUGCGCAACGAAAGAAGUACUUUCAGAUAUAAACGCAGCAUUUGAGAAGCUUUCAAGCAUAAAAAAAGCUAUGGAAUUAUUAUGAACAAAAACAAGUUGCAUAAUGCUGCGUGUUUAUUUUUAAAUCGAUUACAUAUUUUUUUAACAUUUAUUUACAUUAUCGACACAACGUGUUUAUAUUUUUAAACCACUGAUUGCAUAUGUAAUACCUUACUUAUAUUGCCCCACUUAAUGUUGGACUUUGCCAUAAUGGUUCUACUUUUCGACGUGUAGCUCCUCAUGCUGUACGAGGUAGACACAACUUGUUUCAGGUAUGACGUAUGCAAGAGGUUUUUUUGUGCACUUGUUGUACAUGUAUUUUAUAACGAAUUGUUUUGACUAAUGAUUUUUAAGUUAUUGGAAGACGUGACUAAUUUGUAUAUAACUGCGUUUGUAAAUAUUUGAAUUUGGAAAAACAUUUUUUAAACCAAAAAAGGCGUUGGCUAUUUUCAAGUCAUACAUUCAAAUGUUUAAGCCAUCUAACAUUUUUUCUAAGAUUUUUUGCGACAGUCUCGCAUCGCACCGCUCUCAAGGAUCAAAGAAAAUCCGUUCCACUUAGGGAUUUUCUAAAAAAGCGAAUACAAUUUAUUAAAAGUUUUUUAAUCAAUUAGGAUAUAAGUUCUAACUAGCUUAAGGAAAGAAAAGUUUGCGCGAGGAAAUGAUUGCGGAAUUACAAAUUGCGAGAUUAUGGUCAAAAAAAUCGUAAAUUGCGAAUUGGCUUAAUGAGUUUAUAAAGGUUUGUUCUAUUGAAAACUUAUUGCGAUGCAAAUAAUUUAGGGUUCCCUUGCAAACCUUCACAUAGCUUUUCUUUUUCUUGGAAUGGCGGAAGAAAAGAUUGAGAAUUGCUACUCCUGGCUAGAAAUUGCGGAAGAAAAGAUUGCGAAACUUGUCCAAAU